CGGAACGUUGUCACGCUCAACAACCGAUUUCUGAAAAGACCUUUGCAGGGGAUACAUUUAACGAUAUUUUUGCUACAAACAUGUCGACAACGACCGAGGAACGCGAAAUUUCUGCACCACGAGUUGGGAGGUUUAAAGUGCACAUUCAGGGAAAUCUGAAGCAAAGCCAUUUCGUGGUCCUUACAGUGCAUGACUUAGGAUGCAACCAUACGAUGUGGAAGGGCUUCCUGGCCCACAAUUCUAUGGAGGAAGUGGUUCGGCGUGCAGCAUUCAUCCACAUUGAUGUCCCAGGCCAGGAGGAUGAUGCAGCCAAUCUUCCAGAAGAUUACAAGUUCCCAAGCAUGCAGAGUCUGGGCGAGGACCUGGUGUGUGUCUUAGACCAACUGGAUGUGAAACAGGUGAUCGGCUUAGGAGAAGGUGCUGGAGCAAAUGUCAUCGCUCGAUUUGCUAUGGCCCAACCGGACCGAUGCCUUGGAGUGUGUCUGAUUCAUUGUACUGGAACAACCGCUGGAUUUAUGGAGUCCAUCAAGGACAAGUUCAUCUCAUGGAAACUUGACCAUGUGGGUAUGAACCCUACGGCUGAAACCUACCUCGUUCUUCAUCGCUUUGGAUCGUUUGACAAAGCAAGCAGCAAAGAUGAAAUAAAUAAAAUAGUGAAUACAUUCCUUGAUACACUGCGCUCAAAGAUCAACCCUCAUAAUCUCCAGCGAUUUGUACAUUCUUUCAUGAAACGUUCCAACAUUGCUGAUCACCUGUCAAAGCUCAAGUGCCGAGUACUGACUGUGACAGGAUCAAAAGCAUCGUUCAACCACACUGUCCAUACCCUUUUUGGUCACAUGACCCAGCAGCUAGCUAAAAACCAGGUGGAUUUGCUUGAGUUUGAUGGAGUGGCCAAUGUGAUUGAAGAAAGGCCAGAGAAAUUGGCCGAGUCUUUCAUCUAUUUCGCUCAAGGCCUUGGAGUCAUGGGUGGAGUUCCAAUGCCUCGAGUUCGUCGCAGCUCUAGUACAGAGCAACACUUGACCAAGCAGCGAAGCAUGUCUAUGGAGGAGUGUGACCGUCCAACCGGAAUCUACUCAUCCUCACCCUCCAGGCUCAGCACCAGCCCCAAGUCAAGCCCUCUAUCCACCAGCCCACCCCAGCAUUGAACUUGUUCCUCUGGAAAUGCAUUUGGAAGACGACUUUGGCUCUCUGGAUAUUUUAGUCACAAAGUGACCUCCCUUUGUUGGACAGUCUUGCCCAACAGGUUGCACUGUAACCGGAAAUAUACCAUAGGCCUCACUUAUUUACACCAUUGUUCUAUGGUGACUGCCGUGCACUUAGUUACACCUUUAGAGUGAUGCAUUCUCUGCCUCAUGAACAUUGGUGUGAUAGAGUCAAUUAAGAGGCUUGGAAUUACCCAGUUGUGUCUGUUGAUAGAAUUUUGUCUUAACAGUGGCAGGUGAUGGUAUACAAUAUGAAAAAUGUUUUGAUUUACUAAACAAUAUCCCAGGAAAGACCUCAAGCAAGUUUAAUAUUCAAUGAAUUCUUGUGCCAGAUUUUAUUUUUUUUUAUGACUUCUCAUUCCAGAUAUUAAGAUUUUUCACCCAAUCUGAAUAUCCCACACAUUCUAUACAGAACAAAAUGUGUAUAUUUCUCAAACAUGACUUCAAUUGAGGUGUUUUUGAAUUUUUGUCCAAUACGUCUGAGAUUUGGAAGCGAUGAUGCACCACCAAACAAUUCACAUUUUAAAUGUGUGUUUAUCUGAAUUCAAAAAAAAAAAGAAAAAAAAAAGUGUUCAAAGAUAAAAGUAACAUCAUGAAUUUUUAAUAAUGUGUUUAAUUGAGUGUGUAUCUGAUCUUUUGCGGACAUCGAAAGAUAACAUCAUGAAAAAUUCAACACUGCCUGUAGAAUUGAGAACUCAGUUGAAUAUCUGUGGAACAACAUUAAUAACAUCAGUAAAUUUGUGGAUAUUAAAUGAUCAGUUUCAAUUGUGAAGGAUUAUGUGACUUGUGAAAAUGACCUUCAUCAAUACCGCACUAUGCAGUUUUAGAACCAAGUGUUUAUAUGGUGUCGAAAUGAUACAUUUGUGAUCAUUGUGUGAUUUUGACCACCUUUUUAUGGUUUUUUUUCGGGUAAAUUGUCAUAAAUUGUGUGUGAUGACCAAAUAACCACAACGAUUGGUUCAUAUAGGGUAAACAUGUAUUUACAGAAAUAGAAAAUUUGCACCUCAGCGGCAUAGCUCAAUAUCGGCUGUAACUCAUAUACUUAUAUCUAUUUAGCUAUAAUUUUGGCUCAUUUAAACUCUGCUUAAUCAAUCCAUAUAACUUGUCAGUGAUGCCAAUGUAAAGUUUUGAAAUUGCCAUGUUUAAAAAAUAGAAGCUGAUAGUUUUAUGAUAAAUAUUUUUGUGAUUUGUAAAAGAGACAAUACCUUCAGUUAUGGUACUUUUAAGACAGCUUUAUAGAAAGUUAUUUUUUAUAACAAGUAGAUUUUAGCAGAAUUUACUUCUAGGUCAUAUGGUAGCUACCAGAAAUUAAUUUGUAAUAUAAGCUCUUUAAACAUAUAUAGGCUUUCAAAAAAAAUACUUAAGAUAUAGCUAUUUAUGUAAGUAUAUUGUAUUUAAUAGUUAAACACUUGGGCAUGCUGGUAGCUAUCCUAUGGAGUUAUCUCCCUUUAUAGUUUUCUUUUUUCGUUCAAAGUUAUUUUCAAAGUAAUUGACAGAAAUUUAUUCUUGCAAAAAGUGAAGGCUGCACUUCAGGCAUCAGUAAAUGAGGUCACAUUUAAAGGGAGAAGCAGAAUAACAUGGAUUUUGUGCUCGUGUACCAGACAUUGAUGCAUUGAUGAAAUGAAAACUCAAUAUGGUACACUGAAAUUAAAUAUGUAAUGAAAGUUCUAUGAAAAUAAUAUUAAGAUGGAUAAUCUUUUUCCAGAAAAUUUAGAUAUUCUUACUGCGGAAGUUAUUUUCUGAUCAUAAAGAAUUUGUAUCAAAUUUUUUAGACUUAAAUUUAGUGUUUUUGGUUAAAGAUGUAUAUCAAGUUACAUCAGAUACAAAUGUAAGUGAAUACUGAACUAAGGAUGAUUUAAAUUUGUUCUUGAGUUUGCUGACAGGCUCAUAGCAAAGUGAUUUUGAUGUGUACGCUGAUGGGAAUGGAUUUGGUAGUGCAGGAGCAAAGCCUACAAAAGCUGGAAAAUUUGGAUAAUUGGGAAAAAUUGUGUCAUUUUUUAUGAUGAGUACGCAGCUGUGUAUUUGCAUAAAGGCAGCUACACACCUGGCUGAAUAAUGUGAAGAUUUGUUGUCAAAAAUGUGCCAUUAAGAUAGUUGUUGGUAAUUCACAGCAUUUUGCCCAGUCUUUAUCAGAUUUCAGUACUGUUUCAUGUAACAGAUAUCUUGGACCAGGUUUCAAUACUGUGCCAUGUAACAGAUAAUAGCUCUAUCUUGUGCCUUUUUGUCUAGAAGCAUAUUAGAUGGCAUCAUUUAUUUUCUUUAUACAUGAUCAAUAAUUCCUGAAAGAAGCUUUUGAUUUUGAUAUCAUUUUCUUUUACAACUUGCAUUAGCAAAAUUAUUGUAUUGCUGGUAAUUUUCACUUGUCAUUUUUUUUGCGAUUUUCUUUUAGAAUAUCAAAUUAUAUUUGAAGGAAUCAAAAUUUUGCAACCUGAAUGUAAAAGGACAUAUAACAUGUGUCUCAGUAUUUAAUGGAUUAAUGUACUGCAAAAUAGGGAAAAUAUCAUCCUUGCAAAAAUGCCUUCCAAUGAUUUCAGAGUAGCAAGAUUUAUCUUUUAACAUGGAAUACCAGGGAAAUGUACCCUUAGAGAAACAUAUCCAUUACUUUCUCCUAGAUAAAAUGUUAGAGUAAGGUAAAUUAUUAAAACCGCUUUGAAGAUUAAAUUUACAAAGUAGAUCACUUGGUAAAAUAGACGUUUUGAAAUGAUAACAGUUUGAAAGUAAGUAGGUUAGAAAAGAAAUAGUUUUUAUGCUGUAAUUUGUCAAUUUGAACGGUAAUUUCCUCACAAAUGAUGAAUAAUUCAUGUUCAAUUACAAAAACAUUUAUACACAAUAGUAUCAUUGUCAGGGAAUUUUAAAUUUAAUUUUAAAACUAGGAGAUUUUCAUGAUGUAUAUAGUUUUCUUUGCUUUUAAAUGGCAGUAUUUUGUAUAAACCCAUAAAGUAGCAUAUAGUUUUUAAUUCAGAAUGCUUUAUUUUCACAAUCCUCAGUAUUAUCAUUUUUAUCUGAAUAUGAGUCACAAUUUAUUGCAGCACUUGCUAGUCACUUUAACAAAAUCAGAUUUCUACUCACAGUCAUUUAUUGCUAGGCUCAGUUCAGAGUCAACUUUCUACUUUUUAUUCCUUUUUUUAUUUCUUCUAUUCACACUAUGUUAUUGCAUAUUUUUCUUCAGUGCUCUGUAUUACUCUAUAAUUUUUUAUCAAAAUAUGUGUCAGUAUAUGGUCACAUGUGUAAGCUAGUCACAAACAAAGCCAAUUCCCUAUUAAAGACAGGUUGUAAUGAAUGGCGUCAUAAAAUCAGCUGUAUACUGCAGUACAGGGCCUUCGUUUUUACACAGGAGCACUAGAAAAAAUUGUAGGGAGGCAUUUUAUCAUAAAUGAUUGUAUUGAUACUAUUAAAUUGUAUCAUUCAACUGAUGUGAAAAUACAAUAAUUAAAACUUUUAAAAUUAGAUAUGUGUUGGUAAAUAUGUAUAACUUCCAGUCUAGUCAUCCAAGUGUGGAAGAGAUCUCAUAUCCUUUCAGAAAAAAAAUGUUAAGAAAGACACUAUAACAAACUUUAUGCUAAAUUAUGAAAUUUUUAAACUAAAAUCCUCACAUUUAAAUUUUUUUUAUAACAUCCCUUUCGCUUCUUUUGAAAGUAUGAAUUCAUUAAUGUUUUACCUGUGUACCAUACAUGUUUUACGCAUAUAAAAUCUACUUCAGCCACAGCAAUCAUAUCCUUAUCUUUAUUGCAUUUUAACAUGAAAUUGAUCAAAAUAGCAUGGAUUUAUUUUUUCUUGCAAAAAAAACACCUUUCUUUUUCAUUGGAAUAGCUUCAUUGCAAUAUUUUUUUUUAAUAAAACCAGAAGCAAACUAGUGUGGAAAGUUAACAUUUUGAAAGCAAGUUUGCAUGGAGUAUUAAUAUUCAGUUGCCUCAGUUAUGUAUACUGGCUGUUUCUGCCAUGAUGUAGAUUGAAAACCAUCACCUGUUGAAAUACAUUGAGGUCAAUAUGAACAUUUUCAUAUCAGUUUAACAUCACCCAAUGUAUUUGUAAAAAAAUUGAACUUAUCAUUGAUUUUCCUCAAUACACAUAUGUGAUGGCAAUACAUUGAACAUAUUUUUGACAUGAACUACUUUUUUACAAUUACUCUCCUCGUAUGAGGUGGAUAUGGUUAUUUUGACUGAUAUUGAUAUUAACCACCUUAGGGGGAAGUGCUUCAGUAAGGACAGCGUAUAUAUAACCAGCAGUUAAUGGAAAUCACCUGUUAUGCAAUAUGUCUGACAAUAUUUUUAUCCCAUUUUUUAAGGAACUUAUGAUGUUAUAUAUUUGAUUUACAUGUAGUGUUAUUCGGAUAAUGUGGGUGAAUGGUUGUUCUUAUUUCCUUGAGUUCUAUUGACCUGAUGUACGACUUGUGGAUGUGUUUGUGUUGUGUCGUGUGUACACAGCCACUUGGCAUGGCUAGGAGGCACCUACCACGUCCUAGGGUAGUAACAGCAAUAUAUGCUGUAAUAAACCGUUAUAUAUUA